UACACUUGUACUUCGCAGAGCUUGAGAGGCUCCUCCCUUUAAAAUCAAGAUGUGAUAAGUUUAAGAAUAACCACCCAGACAGGCUCUAAACAGAUUGCAGCGGUGGACCUUACACAUGCAAAGAGAUGAACCUGGAUGAGGAUAGUGGCCUGUCAGUUGGUUGCGGCAAUGGCAAACUGAGACAGUGGCUGAUAGAUCAGAUUGACAGCAGGAGAUAUUCCGGCCUGGUGUGGGAAAAUGAUGAAAAAUCCAUCUUUAGGAUUCCAUGGAAACAUGCAGGAAAACAAGACUACAACAGAGAGGAGGAUGCUGCACUCUUCAAAGCAUGGGCCGUGUUUAAGGGGAAAUAUAAGGAAGGUGUUGACAAACCAGAUCCCCCCACAUGGAAAACCAGACUACGCUGUGCCCUUAACAAAAGCAAUGAUUUUGAUGAAAUUGUGGAAAGAAGUCAGCUGGACAUCUCAGAGCCAUACAAAGUUUAUAGAAUCAUUCCAGAGGGAGCCAAAAGGGGAAUGAAGAUGAGCGUUAUGGAGGAGACAUCAUCACAAGUCAGUGCCAUCAGUUUUAUUCCUCCAUAUACAUCGCUGCACAACCAGAUACCCAGUUUUGUGGUUUCUCAGGACAGAAGGGACUGGAGAGAUUACCACGCACCAUCAGAACAGCAGUCUCUUUCCACUACACAUCACCAUGGGCCACAUACAGAGCUGCAGUACAGUCAGUGCCACUACCCACCAUCUAUCAGCCGAGCUUGGCCUGCAUCACACUCAGAAAAUGGUUUUCAGCUCUCAUUCCACACCUACUUUUCAGAGUCUCAACCACCUAUGUAUUCGAUGGAUCACAACCAUGUCAUAACAGAUUUCAGCCUCCAUGUGUCCCUAUACUACAGAGAAUCACUGGUGAAAGAGGUAACCAUCACCAGCCCAGAAGGUUGUCGAAUCACCUCCUCCAUCACAUCCUCUCCACCAUCCUCCUCAUCUUCUUCUCCUUGUCCAGAGGACAAGUUUCACAGUGGUGCGGAAGUUGUACUUUUCCCAUUUCCGUACCCUGAGUCUCAGAGACAGGGUGCUGAAAUGCUUCCAAACAUAUUGGAGAAGGGGGUGCUACUGUGGAUGACAGCUGAUGGGCUGUACGCCAAACGUCUGUGUCAGGGACGAGUAUACUGGGAAGGACCUCUGGCUCAAUAUAUGGAUAAACCCAACAAGCUGGAGAAGGAGCAGACAUGCAAACUGUUUGACACCCAUCAGUUCCUUAUCGACCUACAAGAUUUUGCCAAUAAUGGUCGUCAUCUGCCACGGCACCAGGUUGUGCUAUGUUUUGGAGACGAGUAUCCAGACCCACAACGUCCGAAAAAGAUGAUCACAGCACAGGUGGAACCAGUGUUUGCCAAGAAAAUGGUGUACCUUUACCAGCAGAACACUGGUCACUACCUGCGGACCUAUGAUCACAUCCAGGAGCAGAACAUCUCUCCAACAGUUGACUAUGCUGCUCAGAGACCUCUGCAGCAUAUUCAGGAGUAACAAGCAAGAGGUCAUGAAUGUGGAUGUAAAGCUGUGACCUUUUUAUCACACCAUUUUACUGCAGUUCUGUGUACUGUAAAUGGUAGUAUUGAGGUGUAGAGAUGGGGAAGACCCACACAUUUUUUACCUUCACAUCUACACAUGUCAGAGUUUGUUUGUAUCUAUGGAGUCAGGGGCCUUUUUUUCUUUCUUCUUUCUUCUCUUUUUUCUCUACAAGUAUUAUUGUGACAGUGUGAAGGAUGCGGUUUGAGGGUGGGGGAGAUGAGGGGAGCAGAGGGCAAACUGAGACAGGAAGUACUAGCACAGGUGCACAGGAAGAAUGGCCCCUAAGACAAACACUGAUAGUCAAAGAUAUAAACCAGCCUCAAUGAAUAUAUUUUAUUCCCAGGUAACAUUUAAUAGUGUAACUCUUACACUCACACAGUGGCGCUGUAGACAGCACACCAUUUCACCAUUUUCAUGCAGCUGGUUAUGUGGUUUGAAACAUACAUAUUCAGUGCAACAUCUGUUUAGGACCCUCAUUAGUCACUAGUUUAUUUUUCUAGUUCUUCCUUAUAUCUGCAUAAUUUGUUUACUUUGUGACUUUUUUGUUUUUUAUUCAGGAAGUAUUUUUUUUUUAAUAUAUGAAAACCCAUUUUGAUUGAAGUGUGUGGAGAUAAAACCUCUGAUUAUAGUUUAUUACUAUUUGUGUUAAAUGCUCAAAAAAAAAAAAAAAAAAAGAGUGGCAUGAAGCAUAUUAUCAAAGAGGUUGUUCAAGCACUGUGUGUGACUGUUAAAAACCUCAACGUAACUGGGCUGAGGCAUGUUGACUGGAAAAAUCACACUCAUCCUGUAACUUACAGGGAAAUGAUACCUGUUCCCCUGAACAGACCUGAAACUAGUGGCCUCACAAGUGGGAAGGAAAACUACCUCUACGGUCAGCAUGCAGAUCCAGGCAGGACUGAGUUCUUUGCAUCUUGCAUGAGAUACUCAUAGAGGCUCACGCUCCGGAUACAAUGUCCAGCAAAAGCUAACCAGCACAAAACUAGAAGCACAGGAUCCUAAAAUAACUAUGUUUGAAUACCUUAUGAUCCUGAAGUCCUUAAUACUUAAGUAGGAUUGAUGGAGGUUUGUUGUUUUUGCUCUGUGUCCAGAGUUUCAAUCUUUGCAGUUACUUCCCUCACACUUAAACCACAUCACUUUCUCAGAGUCUUACCAAAAUCACAGGCAGGAAUGAAUUUAGUCAUUUUCUCUCUUUAUGAAUAAGUAAUGCUUUUUACCUUCAUAUUCACUUAGCAAACUCUUGGAUUCUCUGAUGAUUUUGUUUCAAGUUGAUUCUCAGUCAAAAUCAGUCUGCUGAAUGUACAUUAUGCUGUUAUGAUAUACACUGUGAACCUGUGUGUGUGUGUGUGUGUGUGUGUGUGUGUGUAGCAAAGUAACAAAUAUGUGCAUGUGAGUGGGUGGAUAUGUGGUUUUGGUAUUACUGUUAUCAGGAAUUGACAUUUAUGGACUCAGGAUAAAACAUGUGACUCCCCCACCUACAUCAGUGACUCAAACACAGACACGCACACCCAUCUCACAUUUCAGUUUACAGUUACAGUAAAGAAAAACUACAGAGGAAAUCAAAAAGUCAUAUUUGUCAUUGUAAGUGGUUUUAAAGACCAUAUGUUUACCAUUUGUAAUAUAAAAUGGAAUUUGAGAUUUAUGUUACAUAAAAGUUAUCUAAUAUUUAUUAUGCUUAUUUUAUCUUUGAGCCUGCCUCAUUUGCAAGCAAAGGGAAGAAGAAUGAGAGUCAUAUUUGGUUAGAAAAAUAUUUUUUUCUUUGUAAAGAGAGAGAAAAGAAAAGAAAAGGAAAAAAAAAUACAUUCACACAUUUGCCAUGGUGUUUCCCCCUCUACAGGAAGCCACAUCAUUUGUACUCAGACUUCAGUUUUUCCGCCUCUCUGAGCCGUUACUCUAAGUGACAUUGUCUGUGUCCAUAGCUUGAAGCUCUGAGGAAGACAUUUUAGUCAACUUUUACUCCUAUAACAUGUCUCAAAAAGAGUUUACAGAGAAAAGAAACCAUCAAUGUCAUAUAAACGUUUUCCAAAAAGAAAGUGAUUGUGUUGGUUUUGUAUUUACAUAAUGGCUGUGGAUUUUGGCUGAAUUGACUGGCUUGUAUUGAAAUGAAAUACAUUAUACUUUCUGCUGUA